UGCAACUGCAAAACAUCUUCAUGGAAUGGUUGGCAUUACCACAACUUCCUGUUGAUGCUGUGAUAUGCCACGCUUGCUAUAUAAUAGCAAAUGAAAGUGCCAAUGAUACUGACCCAAGGAGGAGGCUUGGCCAUACUAACGUAUGUGUUGGAUGUGGUUGUUCUGUUUUGAAUAUAAGAAAUCAUAACCUUGAAGAAAAUAGCCCAUUGCUGAAUGUUUUUGAAUGGAAUAUCAAUCUGCCGGGCCAUAGAAAUCAGGUGUGUCAUACAUGUUGGGUGCGAGGAAAUCGAAGAGUUGUACAAGAUGUACAAAGGAUUUCAGUUGAAAUUCCGCUUCCACCUGAGCAACCCCGAAGCCCUGUGGAGAAUGAACCAUUGGAAUCGUCUAUAUAUCCUGUGGUUGACCAGAGAGUAUUAGCAUUGAGAUCUAUUGUUUUACCAAACUAUAAACGUUCGGCGAAUACUUCUAGCCGUUGUGUUUACAACAUGUGUCGCAAUGCAGCAGGACAUUUAGUGCCCACAUUUAUAAAGGUUAUGUUGGUAAGGGAAUAUAACUUUUAUGUUCCACGAUCUACUAGAGUCUGUGAGUUGCAUUUGUUUAGUAACACUUGGCAAUCAUUACCUGAAUUAACAAAUACAUUUUCUGAUUUUAAUGCAACUCAAAUAGAAGACAUAAUUGAACUAGCUAAAAAAGAAGUAUGCUUUGAUUUUGAAAAUGUACAAGAUAUGCCUAACCAUAUUUGUCACUACUGGACUGGUUUGAAUGUUACUGAAUUUUUGACAUUAUAUAAUGAAUUAUCAUUAGAUAAUUAUGUAACAUCACCAAAAUUGUCUCUAGCUAUAUACUUAAUAAAACUUCGAACUGGUGAUAGUAAUAAAAGAUUGUCCUCACUUUUCCAAAUGUCUCGAACUACUUUAGAAAGGCAAAUGAAAAAAGUGAGAGAAUAUCUUGUGGAACAUUUUGUACCUCGUCACAUAGGCCUGCAGCACAUAACAGCUCACGACAUUUCUAACAGAAAUCUGUCUAUACCGAAUGCCUUAUUUGGGAACCCUAACAGUAAUGUAGAGGACAGACCUGCAAUAGUCAUAUGUGACGGUACAUAUAUAUAUAUAGAAAAAAGUUCCAAUUAUUUGUACCAAAAAAAGACUUACAGUCUUCAUAAAUAUAGCAACUUAGUGAAACCAUUUCUUAUGGUGAGCUGCGAUGGCCAUAUCAUAGAUGUAUUAGGUCCAUAUGCUGCCACUCAAACAGAUGCUGAUAUAAUGAAAGAUUUAUUUAGAGAACCAAAUAGACCUAUGAGAACAUUUUUUAGAGAAAAUGAUGUUUUUAUUUUAGAUCGUGGAUUUAGGGAUGCAAUUGCACUUUUAGAGAGUUGCAAUUAUAAAGUCUUUAAACCGGAGAAUUUAGAUGAAGGUGAGACACAGCUGACUACAUUACAAGCCAACAAAAGCCGCUGUGUAACUUUAUGUCGGUGGGUAGUUGAAGUAGUAAAUGGUAGAUUCAAGCGAGACUUCAAGUUAUUUAGGCAGGAUUUCUUUAAUACUGCCCACCAACAUCUAAUGGACGAUUUUAAGGUUGCAGCUGCCCUUAUCAAUCGUUUUCAUCCCCUUAUUAUAGAUCGCUCCGAUGCCCAAAUGAUUAUUAGUCGGGCAUUGGAGCAAUUACAAGUACCUAACCACCUAGCUCGGUUUGUAGCAGAGUUUAAUCUUAAUCGUAGGCGUGUAAUGUUCUCCAGAAUUGAUGGCAAUCUUCCUCAACUUGAAUCUUUUCCUAGGUUCACGUAUGACCAAUUAGUUUUGUUCUCUCUGGGGCCAUACCAGGUAAAGCAAGCUCGGUCUUAUUAUGGUGAGCAUAUUCGUGAGAAUGGCAUCUAUGAAAUAGAAGUAUGUCCACAAUUGGAGCACUCCGAAGAAAUGGUUACACAUGUUGGAGGAAAUCAACCCUGUUUGUUAAGGGGCAGAGUUAAAUCUCGACAUGUAAGUCAGAGACAAUAUUUCACAUAUAUAUUGUUCGAAACAGAAACGAGCAGUCAGUCUCCUUUUGAGUUGAUAUUAGGAUAUUCCUGUAGUUGCUUAGUAGGAAACCGAACAGUUGGCUGUUGCUGUCAUGUCAUGACAAUGAUUUGGUUUUUGGGAUGGGCAAGAUAUGAAGAAAACAUAACGGCACCAGCCACAUAUUUAGAUAACAUUUUAAUAGAUAUCGAAGAUUAAUUGUAUAGAAAGAUAAUAAAAUAAUGUGGUAUAUUUGUGACAGAUUUUUUUAUUUUCUUUACCCUGCUUCCGAUCGUCUAUUUAUGACAUUAGUAAAUAGACUUCUACCAUAAGUGGCCUACUCCACUCCUGGGAGGUGACCUUGGUUCUCCAAAAUGACCAUCGCGUUCGUAAACUUAAUCGUAAAGACCUACUUUUCGUAAAGUCUGAUAAUAUGUACCUACAAUUGGUGAGAGUACGAUAUGAACGGAAUGGUUCAUUGGUCGGUUAAUGAGUAGGUACGAAUACGAAGGUCGUUUUAGAGAUCGGUCACCCUCUACUAAUCCACUAAAGCCCUACAUAGAUUACGCUAAUUGUUAUUGAAAUCGAAAUUAGCUUGUGAACAACUUAUGUAUGUACAAAUGUGUGACAAAUUAUUAGACGUUUAUAGGUUAGGAAAAGUAGAUUUUAAAAAUUAAAUAUAAAAAAAUCCGCUGCUUUAAAUGAAAAACGAAGAAUUAAUUCAAAAUCUAGGUGUUAUGUGCUUUAAAAUGCACCACGUAUAACUUAUGUACACGACAGUUUAUGUUAGGGCAUGCCUCCAUACUGAA